AUGCAGGAGACGUUCAAGAUUGCCAGCACCGAUGAGGCGACCAUGAUGAGGAUGACGGAUAGGAUCACUCGUCAGCGCAAUCACAAGGUAGAGGCCCUCUUCACCAUGGCGGAUUUGGAUGGCAUUGGCCAAAUCAAUAGAAGCGAGUUCUGGAAGGUGCUGGAGAACAAAAACGUCAAAACGUGGCUCGCUUCCAUGGAUUUCGUCGCCAGCGACGCAGACUUUGUCUUUCACCUGAGUGGCGGUGACGACUUAAUCGACCUACACGAGUUGGUUCGUGGGAUCAACGAUCUGAGGGGCGCAGCGCGGUCUAUUGACAUGCGCAGGCUGAUGCAAGUGUUGCAAGCAUGA